AUGGCAGAACCCCCGCCAGAGAGCUCUCACCCCCCACCUGGUACGCCCUUGAUCGAUUCUUCUCGAUCCUACGGAGACUCCAUGGAAGAUCCAGAUCCCCAAGCGACACGGAAACGCCCGCGUCUCGAUAGUGGAACUCGCGUGGGAGAGUCGUUAUCCAUUGACGCCCGCGCGACACCUCCGGCCGCACCUGCCUCGGAUAUGGAUGUCACCCCCGAUUCAGCUCGCCCCAGCAAAGUGACAAUCAACGUGAAGUCUCCAUUUAUUGAUAUGACUGCCGAACCUGAAAACGCCUCUUUUACACAAUCCCAAAAUCCUCAUUCUCCUGCCACCACCCCACAACCCUCAACCACCGACAACACCGACAUGACCCCAUCCAACGUGAUCUCGAUAGCUUCCUCACCGACCCAAAGCCCUGAAAUCGAGGUCGCGGAGCUGGAGGACAUGGAUCAAGACCCAAAUACAUCUAGUUGGAGACCUCUGGGGGAGGCAUUACGUGGCCAUGCCGUCUCGGACGUGGUCGAGGUCGAUGAUUCCGACGAUCCUCUGGCACUCAUUGAUCACUUUCCAAUAAUGUACGAGGGGCAGUCAGCCGAGGAAAACUUACAGCGAAUUAUUAUCAUGAUCGAAAAGCGUAAGCUCUCCUUGUCUUCCCCAGCGUGGUGGGUUUAA